AAGGAAGAAAAACCCGCUGCGAAAAAUAAAGGAGGGCAGCCGCGGAAUUUCUCCACCCCCUCCCCUCUCCCUCUCCGGCUCUCCCCCACACCAACACGAAGCGAGGCGGAACCCCGCAGCGGAGGCAGGCAGGGCCGCGCCGUCGAUGGCCGCCGCCGACUACGACCGCGGCGCGUACCGCCCCUACGCGGGCCCCGGCGACCACGACCGCCCCUACCGCAACGAGGUGGUGCCGUACGGGGACCGCCGCAUCGACGUCGUCGUGAAGCCCCCGGCGGCGGGCACCACCACCAGGUCGCCUCCGCCGCCGCUGCCGGUGACCAAGGUUGGGGGCGGGGGAGGCAUGGGAUCCGCCUGGUGCUUCAGCGACCCGGAGGUGAAGAGGCGGCGGCGGGUGGCGAGCUACAAGGCGUACUCGGUGGAGGGGAAGGUCAAGGCCUCCCUCCGCAGAGGGUUCCGCUGGAUCAAGGCCAAGUGCUCCGAGUUGAUCCAUGGCUGAGCUGGGGAUCUUGGUGGAGUUCAGUCGUGGUGGGACACGAUACAAGCCCUGCAACCAUGUGCAGGGAGUGUACUUGCUACUAAUUUUCUGCCAAAAUGCGGAAGAAUUUGUCCAUGAUGAGACCGAGGGGAACUGUUCUUCGGGUCAGGUUAUAGGAAAGAAAAGAAAACUUGUUAGGAGCUUUCUGACGAGAUUGCUUCUCUUGCCGAUGCUGUUGUUACUGUCUGCUGCUAAUCUAGCCUAAUUUUUUGCAACAAUAUUUUUAAGAGGAGUUGAAUCUUCCGUGUGGAAUCGAUCCAUUUGCAUGAGACGUCGCUUUCUUGUUUGUCUGAUUUUUAUUCGUACGAAGACCUCGCAAGCUCAAUUACCAGGUCAUCUUCUAUUUUUCACAUUUGGUCAUUUUUCGAUGUUAUGUGUAGCCUACGUGAUGGAGAC